CACCUGCGAGAGAGAAGAUGACAAUGUUGAAGGUAUUUGGACAGCCGGCCGCCACAGACGUGGCCAGGGUGCUAACUUGCCUCUUUGAGAAGGAUCUGCAGUUCCAAAUCGUUCGUAUCGAUUCGUUCAAGGGGGGGCACAAGGUGCCGGAGUUCCUCAGGUUACAGAAUCCAUGUGGUCAAGUAACCUUCAAAGAUGGAGAUGUAACUCUUGUUGAUUCAAGAGAUAUUUGUCGACACAUCUCCAAGAAGUACGAAGACAAGGGAAACAAGGCUCUUUCUGGUACUGGCUUCCUCCAGAGGGCAUCGAUCGAGCAAUGGCUACAAGCAGAAGCUGUGAGCUUCGAGCCUCCUAGCUCUGCUUUGGUCUUCCAAUUGACCUUUGCACCAGCACUUCACAUGCCACCCGACGAGGAACUUAUCCAGCAAAACGAGGAGAAACUGUCCAAGGUGCUCGACAUCUAUAACUCCAGGCUCGGAGAAAGCGAGUACUUAACUGGUGACACGUUCACGCUUGCUGAUCUCUCUCACCUUCCCAACUCGCACUACCUCACCAUGUCCGAGAGGGGACGCAAGCUUUUCGAGACCAGGGGGAACGUGGCGAGAUGGUGCACUGCAAUCUCAGCACGGCCGUCGUGGAAGCAAGUCGUCGAGAUGCAGAGCGAGCGUCCCGGUCUGAUUUGAGAUUUUAACCAUGUAGAAUCUUUGCCUAGACAAAUAUGUGGUGGCAGCAUUCUAUGCGCAUCUAAGAGAAUAAGUUUGUGAUAUGUGACAGAAUUCAACAAAAUAUAUAACAUUCACACCACAAUAUAUACGUGUGCUCGUGUGCACGCGUACGUGUGGAGACGCUUGUUCUAAUUGGAACAAGAAGCACUGCCUUGA